AUGUCUCGAUACCACAAGGCAGCCAUUGAUGGCUAUUUGGAUCUGCUGAAGGAAGCCACAAGGAAAGACCUGAAUACCCCAGAUGAAGACGGGAUGACUCCUACUCUGUGGGCCGCUUAUCACGGCCGACUGGAAGCUCUGCAGCUCAUCUGUAGCAGAGGUGGAGAUCCUAACAGAAGUGACAUCUGGGGGAACACGCCUUUACACCAUGCAGCCUCCAACGGUCACAUGCACAUACUUAGCUUCCUGGUUAACUUCGGGGCCAAUCUUUUUGCUUUAGACAACGACUUCCACACUCCCAUGGACGUUGCCGCAUCUCGGGACCAGAUGAACUGCGUCCGUUUUUUAGACAAUGCCGCUUCACAACAGACCAGCCAGAACGCCAAGAAGGUGGCGAAACUGAAGCAACAAGCCACCAAGGACGCAGAGAACAGAGUGAAGGUUUGUGAGAAGGUAAAGAAGCGGCACCAGAGUAAAAUGGACAAGAUGUAUGGUGGAGCCGAUGGUUCUGCUUCUGAACCCAGCGUAGGCUCUUUCUCCAACGCUGGCAACAUUAAUAACCCAAAUGAGCAGUUCUCGAAGAUCAUCGCUGGAGACACAUCAGGGUCCAUUAGAGCAACAAUUAAAGGAACCCUUCAGCGCACGUUCGGUAAGAAAGAGAAAGGCACUUUGACCAGACAAGUGGACAGCAAUGUGAUAUUUGUCAAACAGGAGAAAGAAAGUGCAGGGAAGCCGGACUUUGUAGAAGUCUUCAAUGAGGAGGAUGAAAAUGAUGCAGAUGAAGAUGGACUUACAGGUUUUAAUAAUGAAGAUGAGGAUGAUUCAGGGCAUGCAAAGGAAUCAGUUUUUAACAGGCCUGGUCUUGGGAACAUGGUCUUCCGCAAGAACUUCUCUAUGGAAAUGGGUGUUGAACCGGAUGAUUUCCCUGAAGGUGACACAGAGGACCUGGGUUUCCUGAUCCGCCAGGAGGUGUUUGAUGCUUCGUUGGAAGAACCAGACGACCAUCUGGAGGAGGACUCAAAACUGCCUUGGAAUCAGGAGGAGAUUGGACUUGAUGAAGAAAAUGAAGAGACUUCACCCCUAGAUGCUUUCCUGACCUCUAUAAACUUGCUGGACUUUGCUCCUGUGUUUAUCCGGGAGCAGUUAGACCUGGAAGCUCUUAUGCUCUGUUCAGAUGAAGAUCUAAAAAGCAUCCGAAUCCAGCUAGGGCCUCGAAAAAAGAUUCUCGAAGCAGCAGCUAAGAGGAAAGCAGCACUGGAGAAACCUGGUAUUAUAAAGGACACCAUUUUGUAA